UCUUCAUUCCUGUUUUUUGCUUCUGCAUAUUAUAGAGCCAAUUGGAUAAAUGAUGCAGCUAUAAUUGUGUGUGUGUUGGGGUCAGAGAACACCAGAGACAAUGAGCAACAGUUCAGAAUAUAUGUACAACUUUCAAGUCCUCCUCCUCCCCCCCAUGUAUGGCGUUCAGAUGUGUGUGGCUCUGCUGGGGAACGUGUUUGCCCUGUGGCUCCUGGCGACCAAAGAGAGGCAGAACUGGCACAGUGGAGUAGUUUUCUCCUGUAACCUGGCCAUCUGUGACAUUCUUUACGUCCUGACCUUGCCCUUGCUCAUCAUUUACUAUGCCAAAAAUAAGAACUGGUCCUUUGGGGAUGCUGCAUGCAAAAUCGAACGCUUCCUCUUCAACUGCAACCUCUACGCCAGCAUAUUCUUCAUCAUGUGCAUCAGCGUCAACAGAUUUGUCGCAAUAGUUUACCCGUUCUUCACCCGGAGCUACGUGCUUCCUAAACACGCAAAGAUCGCAAGCGUGCUUACGUGGUCCAUCGUGAUCGUCGCUUCAUCACCGGUCUUCAAAUUUGCUGGAAUCGAAUUGAAAGCAAACCACACUCUCUGUGUCUCAUGCCAUGAUGAAAGCCUGCAAAAUUCCCACUUUAAGUACAAGCUAUCUCUUAUGGUCGUAGGCUGCUUGAUUCCUAUGGUAGUUACCUUUGGGUCUUAUUUGGGUGUGAUUUGGACCAUUCUGAAAAAUAAAAACAUAACCGCUCUGGAGAAGAGGAAAGUAGCUCUGUUGGUCUCUCUGGUCUGCAUCCUUUACGCCACGUCAUUUGUGCCCUAUCACGUUCUGCAGACGUACCACGAGUAUCUGAAGUCAGUGAAACGCACCAAACUCUUGGUGUAUAAUUCAUAUCAAGUGUCAAAAGGCCUGACCACCCUGAACAUGUGCUUACAUCCGCUCUUGUACAUGGCUGUGUUUGACAGCAUACGGACAACUUGCUGUGGAAGGAGCUCGGAUGACUAACCUUCAUUAUAUCUUUUGCCAAAAUCUCACGCAGUGACAUCCUGGAUGACGAUUUUCAUCUUGUACUCUGUGCUCGAACGUCUGAAAACCACAAACCACAUAGAUGAAUGAGAAACAUGUCCUUGAGUUAUUUUUCUAUUUAAAAAAAUUGUGUAUUUGUAUGCAAAUAAGAACAUUUCUGACUGUUACUGACAAUUAAAAUGCUUGAUAUGUGUUUGAAACUGCAAAAAAAAUACCAAUUAAAGAUAUUUAAGAGAA